UCGCGUGUGCGUGUCCACGUAUGUGUGCGCCAGUAUCUCACAACAAAUAUGUCGUCGUGAUGGGGAGUACGUUUUCCCGUUUGCCGUUUCGCAUAUUUCUUCCCCCGCGUUAUUAUCAUGUAGUUCGACAUAGGUGAACUCUUGCGUGUGUCUCGUCGAACACGUUAAAAGUACAGGUGUGUACGCUCGUGUACGUGUGCGUGUACAUGUUGAUACGACUGUUAACCGAGGAAGAAGUUUUCUGUAUCGAACGCUACGAGGGUCGUUUCAUACUCGAAGAUAAAGCCCGAUGAGAACGAUGCGCGAGUUAGUUCUCUUCCUCGGUAAUUAGAACGAUUAUUUAAUCAUGUCCAAUUCGCGAGGAACCAGAGAGGAUCGUGGGCAGCCAACGGCGUGAGUCUCGCGAUUAACGGUAGGUGUGGAGUUUCUCGUACAGAGUCGAAGCGACGACGUGUGUAACGUUGGGUUCAGCGGUCGCGUUCCCCGGCUACGCCUAGGUGAGAAAUGCGGUUCUGAAUCGCGACGUGCGCCGAUCCUGUGUAAUCGCGAACAGGUUGUUUACGGAAGGGGUGGUCCCUUUGUUACGUGCAUCACGUUACGAUACGAUACGUGCUCGUGAACACGGACUCGUGUACGGGUACGCGCGCGCGUGUGUGUGUAUGCGUGCACGGUGUUUAACAAUCAAGGAUAUAUUCCUUUGGAAGGACGGCCUGACACGGAAAGACGGAAGGAAGGAAGGAAGGAAGAGGAGGGUAGCAGGGUAGCAAGAUGGCGGGGUCCUUAACGUGGUCGUGUACUUGUUGCCUGCGGUUCAAGUUCAGCCCCGAGGAGAUCGAGCAGCGUUACAAAAGUCAGGAGAUCGAUCGGAUGCUGGAGAAGGAUCGUCAAGCUCUUCGACGACAGGUCAAGCUGCUGCUCCUCGGGGCGGGCGAGAGCGGAAAGUCGACAUUCCUUAAACAGAUGCGAAUUAUUCACGGAAUUAAAUUCGAGCCUGAGUUAAUAAAAGAAUAUCAACAUGUAAUUUAUCAAAACAUAAUUAAAGGAAUGAAGGUGUUGGUGGAUGCUCGUGAUAAAUUAAAUAUUCCUUGGGAAAAUUCUAAAAACUAUGAUAUCGGUUACCAGUUGCUGAAAUUUGAAAAUACUAUGGUACUAGAUGCUAGAUUGUUUCUCCAUUAUGUACCAGCUUUGCAAAGCUUAUGGAAAGAUGCAUCUAUCAGAAGGGCCUUUGAUAGACGAAGAGAAUUUCAAUUAAGUGAUUCAGUUCAAUAUUUUUUGGACAAUCUUGACAGGAUUGCUAGAAUGGAUUAUGUACCCACGCAUCAAGAUAUUUUGCAUUGUAGGAAAGCUACAAAAGGGAUUUCAGAAUUUGUUAUACAAAUUAAUAAUAUACCGUUUUUGUUUGUCGAUGUUGGGGGACAAAGGUCUCAAAGACAAAAGUGGUAUCAAUGUUUUGAUUGUGUUACUUCGAUACUUUUUCUUGUGUCAUCAUCCGAAUUUGAUCAAGUGUUGUUAGAAGAUAGAAGAACCAAUCGAUUGGAAGAAUCAAGAAAUAUAUUUGACACGAUAGUCAACAAUAUGAUAUUUGGUGGAGUGUCUAUCAUUUUGUUUUUAAAUAAAACUGAUCUGUUAGACAAAAAAGUGAGAUCACCCGAUACAAACGUUCGUUGGUAUUUUCCGCAAUUCACAGGGGAUUCGCAUUCCAUGAAGGACGUGCAAAAUUUUAUAUUGGAUAUGUUUAUAUCUGUUAAAAGGGACCCAAGAAAGCCACUUUUUCAUCACUUUACUACUGCCGUGGACACAGAAAACAUAAAAGUUGUGUUCAAUGCUGUCAAAGAUACAAUUUUGCAUAGAAAUUUGGAAUCGCUGAUGCUCCAAUAAUGAUAAGUGUAUAUAAAAAAUGAAACGACUUCCGAUUUGAAGUAAUCAUAGUAUCCGCAUAUUCGGAUACUAAUCGGUUAAUAGCCCGGUUAUAUCCGGGUUUCAAGGCCUCUACUACCAGUACUCAUUGCGAGUAACAUUUGAAACUUUUAUAGAAAUAUUUUAAAGGAAAGUAUACUCUUGAUAGACCAGCAAUCUGGGAGUCCAUGUAGAUAGAAUGUGUACGUAAAAUUUCUCUAUCUUAUACAAAAUUUUCAUAAUAUUUAUGAGAGGUCGGAAAUAUGAACGUGCUCUUUUAACGUGUCAUACCUCGGAUUGUAGGUUUCGAUGAACUGUUUAAGAAACACCAACCACCUUUUGAGCGUAAAUGAUUAGAGAUAACUGGAGUUGAAAGAUGAAGAUUACGAUAUUUUGGGACGAUGGAUGAUACAAAUAUUGCAAUAGUACGGUGGUACCGUCCAUAGAGCGUUGGUUCAUACAGUACUGUUCACAUGACUUAUUAAAAAUGUUUAUAUUCAAUAGUUUUAAACAAGUCAUGCAUUUAUAUAAUUCGUGUUGCAUAAAUAACCUCUCUCAAAAGCAUUUUGUGUUUAUUAAUACUUAAAAAAGUCAUACAGGAAAUAUAAAUAUGUUUAUGUGAUGCAAAAUCAGUCAAAUUAGUUUUAUAAUAUUUAAUCGUCCCACAUGUUUACAAUAAUUCAGUCAAAAGAUAACGGGCCAGGUAAGGAGUUCAAUAUUUUCUUUUUUUUUUGUUUUUAACUUAAUCUGCCCUUUAGAAAUUUGUGUAAAAUAAAUUUCCUUUCCUGGUAUGUAGCUCUUUUUGUACAUCCUUUAUACUUUUUAUAUUUGAAUAUCUACGAAUAUUUAAGCGAACAGUACUGUAAAUCAGAAGACAUUUCACGUCUUCGACCAUUUUCCUUGAACAUUUCUGUCCGUCAUUAUUGAAUUUUUAGAAUCGUUUAUCUUGUCCAGAAAGGAGUGUUUCUUAAACAGCAUGUUUUUACUUCCGAUUCUCUCCUCGGAUCUUUUUCUAUGCGUACAAUUUAUUUUAUAAAGAUUUAAACGUGACAUAUUUUUAACCAGUUCGGGGAAAAAAGUAUCGCGGACAUGUUUCACGAGCAGUUUUAUUUGGGACACGAAGGAAAUUGUUAUUAAAAUUUAGUCGUACACCGAUUUACAUCACACCAUGUAUCAUGCAAGUUUUCCGUCAUGCUGUUGUAGAGUAACGAAAGAGAAAAAAAAAGAAGGAAAAAGAAAAAAAUGAUAAAAUGCCGCAAGUCAUAACGCGCAACAUGUUCAAACGUUUUAUUGUAAUGCGAACUGUGAAGGCAUAGUAACUUUGUGAUAGGAUCUCGCGAAAAGUAAAGAGGAAAUGAUUUUUAUAUUUUUAGAGGCGUCAAAAUUUAUUUUAAUCCGUUCAAUCUAAUCGAUUUUUAUGCAUUUCAGUCUACGUGAAAAGUAAAAAAAAAAAAAAAAAAAAAAAAAUGGAAUUUAUAUAUUCUAUGAUUACGAUAUCGUUGACGAUGAUACAUCAGUGUUUUAUAUAUAAAUAUAUAUACAUGCGUUUAAAACGAUUUUAUUAUGAUUUGUAUUAUAUUUACAUUAGGUACUUUUAUAUGCAUACCUACAUUCUCAAAUCAUGGGAGACAGACAUUUGUAAACGGUCGAUUCUCUUGUAAUACGAUCGUAAAAGGAAAAAAAGAA